AUGGAGGACGUUCGUAGUCUGAGUAUUAUAGGCCAGCGUACUUUCGACGCGGACUCCUUUGGUUAUGAUCGCUUAGGCGAGAUUGCCCAGUUGCCGAGCGGGCGUUGUCCACCCGACCCAAGAACAUCCACCACCUGCACCUCCGAGGCGUUCGCGCAGUCUCGGCGUGGGCGUGGGGGCAAGAGACAAUCACAACAUCUCAGCCACAUCAGUCCUCCCAAAGAUGAGCAGCCUCAUAUUCCCUUCACCGGCGGUUCAUCCCAUCGGUCUCCGCAUCGCCUCCACUCCAUUCUCGACAGCAUUCAGCCCAUCGGCCUCCACAUCAUUCAUCCCAUCGUCUCCACAUCAUUCUUCGCCGACCCAUCAGCGUUUUACCGUCCGAUUAUGUCUCCCAAAGACCAAGCAGUCAAUUUUUCCUUCACUCGCUUUUCCUCCCUCGACUUCUCGUCGUUUGGAGAUUCUUUUAUUGACUUUUCCGGGUUUCAGCAGAGUUCGCUAGAUGGCCACCGAUACAUUACACGAGUAACUUUCUUUCGAGUAUGUUCGAGGGUGUUGCGGGUCGCAUCAGCCGAUAACCCACCGAGGUUGAGCGUGAGAGUCGGGGUGAGGAUGAGGCCGAGGAUGAGACCGAGGAUGAGGAUGAGGAUGAGGCCGAGGAUGCGGCACUGUGAUGAUCGUUUGAGGGUCGGGUUAUCGGCGCCAUGA